CGCAGUUUCAAUCCAUACGUAACCCCCAAGAGAAAAAGUCUCAGACUGGUCUGGUGCUGCUUGGCACACUCGAGGGUUUCUGUGCCGUUCAGCCUUAAACGGGGCUUGCUUCUUCGUGGGUUUGGAGUUGGAUUGAGUAGGCGAUUAUUGCGUUCCUCUCUCUUGAAUGGAUCAAUUCCAGGGUGGAUUUCUGUAUACAUUUUUCUUUUGAGCGAUUGCCUGGUAAUGGCUGCUGAAAUUCCAGCCCGUCGUCGUGUGUGUGACUUGUGUCAUGUUCGCAAGGUCCGCUGUGACCGCAACGACCCCUGCGGCAACUGCGUAGACCAGAAUACCUCAUGUACCCGGUCCCGCGGCAUGAAGCGUCUCCCCAAGAGAGAUUUGAUGAUGAGUAGGGCUCGCUCGCGCGAUCGGCAGGCCUCGGGUGUGUCUACGCCUGUAUCGACAGUGGGCGCUGCAUCGGUAGCGGCGUACGGAUCGCUACUGGACCGGUCGAUUGGUAGAUCUAACGAUAUCGAUUUUGUGAACGUGGGCUUCGACUUUCCUACUGCAACUGCAACACUCGACACAUCCUUCCUAGCAGACAUCCUCGAAGACCCAGGCAUGCUCCUCGAUGUCGAAUACGAGCUCCACAGCUGGAUGGCCAUUGUGCCCUUGACAGACGCGCAGAUGAUCAACCGGCGUCGGCGCAUUGGACACUCGCACUCGAAUACGAAUUCACAGCAUCUCGCCUCUUGGGGCCGGAGCCAGCUCCUCGAGAGUGCAUUAUCCGUUGCGAGCCAGGUACUCGGGAGCAUGGAGUAUUCCACGGAGACGGCUGGGGUCGUUCCGCCGGAGGAGCAGAGGAAUGUACCCUCGAUUGAGUUUUUGUACUGGAUGUUGAAGGAUAUCGGCAGCCCCAAAUUCGGCCCCUUCAUCUCCGACUACUUCCGGCACAUCAGCAACCCGACCCUCAAGCACAUGGGCCUCUCGCUCCUCCUGACCAGCACACCAGCCACGAACCCGGACUCGAUAAUCCACACCGUCUGCGUCAACUCGGUCGCCUACAAAUUCCUCACCGCAACGCUGGCCACCGAGCCCGAUCCCGACCUCGCGCAGAGCCUGCGCACCAACGCCCUGGCCUACCGCGAGACGGCCAAGGCCGCCCUCCAGAAAAUCCCGCUCACGACGAGACCGUCGCUCGCGCUGCUGCAGGCGAUCCUCUGCGGGAUCUUCCUGAAUCAGGGGAGCGGGGACACGCGUACGUGUCGGGAGCUCGCGCGGACGGCGUGUCGGGUGUGCAUGGACAUUGGGAUCGGAGCCCGGAUGCGCACGGAUCUGGGCUCUGUCUCCGAGGAGGAAUACUACUGCUUCAUGUGGUGCUACACGCUGGACCGCAACUACGCGUGGAAGUUUGGGAGUGUGCGUGUGCUCGUCGUUGACCGCGGGACGGACGUUGAUCCGCCGGCGGCGGCGGCGGCGUCGCAGCUUAUGCGGAUCUAUCUGGAGUUUGCCAAGGUGCAGGAUGCGAUGAUUCCGUAUUUGGAUGAGCCAGAUAGGGCGCGGGGCGAUGAGCGGUUUCAGUUUGGGAGGUUUUUGCUCGACAGGAUGGAGGGGGUGCGGGGGGAUAUUGAUCAGAUCAAACCGCCGUCGCCCGACUGGCGCGGCCUCGACGCGACGAGCGAGAUUGCGACGCUGGACUUUGCGUAUCAUUCUAUCCUGACGAAUCUCCUGCAUCUGCGGCAGAUCUCGCUGGGCCAUGUCGCAGGUACAGCCACGAGUAUACCAACAUCAGUCGCAGGAGCAGCGAUGGAUUUAGGUGCAGGCGCAGGCGCAGGACCCUACUCUACACCAUCACAACCACAGCCCCAGACCGAAACAGCCAUCUACCUCGACUCGGCACGCCGGAACCUCCUCGCCCUAAUAAGAAUCUGUGCAUCGAGCGACGAGCAAAAAACCGUUGCGUAUUUGCAUUGGACAAUCCUCUACUACCCAAUAACAGCAAGCAUAGCGCUGUUGUGCAACGCCAUCGCAACAGGCCACGAGGGCGACGUGGAGAUCCUGCGCGCGGUGUCGAAUUCCCUCGCGCAGAGCGGGGCGCUGAGCGCGCCGAUUGCGGCGAUGAGGAGGUUGCUUGUUGAGUUUGUGAGGCUUUGCCGGGGGGGUUCGGUGGUGGGAGAUAACCCCAGUUCUGCGUUUGGAGUCGACGGUGGUGAUGAUGGUAUGGUUGCAAAUGCGAAUGCAAAUGUGGGUCGUAGUAUGCAAGCUGGGACGGGGGUAGGAAAUGCGGAUGGAUCAGUAUUGCCAGUGACGGACUCGGUUUCUAUGCUGGUGUCUCCUUGGGCCGGAGCCAGUGGAAGUCAGGACGGACUGGGGUUGGGAGUGGGGAUGGAGAUGGGCUUGGGCUUGGCUGUCUCGACGGUGGAGCCGCAGAUGGAAGGGAUGGCUACGAUGGCGGGGGUUGACUUUAUGGGACACGAUGAAACGGUAUUUUCGUUCUAAGGUCGGAAAGAUUGGACCUUGGGCAAGGUUCGAGGGAGGAUCUAUAAUGCAUGUCUUGCUGGUCA